AUGAGAGACUUCCUCACCCACAAAAGAAAGACUGAAACAUUGCAAUUGGUCAACCUAAGUGAAGAAUGCUCCGCCGUACACCUCAAUAAACUCCCACAAAAGAAAAUCGACCCCGGAAGCUUCACCAUCCCUUGUUCCAUUGGGGGAUCACCCGUACGAAAUGCACAAGCCGAACUUGGGGCUAGCAUCAAUCUCAUGCCCGCAUCAAUGUUUGACCGACUCGGACUAGGUAAGACGAGCCCCACAAAGAUAAGCAUACAACUCGCUGAUGGGUCUAUCAAACACCCACAAGGUGUCGUCGAGAAUCUACUGGUAAAAGUCGGAGACUUUGUCUUCCCAUCCGACUUUGUCAUACUCGACAUGGAGGAAGACACCGAAGUUCCACUCAUUCUUGGAAGACCAUUCCUUCCCACUGCCCGUCCAUGGUGGAUAUGA